CACUUCUUCAAACUCAUCAAAGACUAAGUUCUUGUAGAGAAGGGGCGUUGACGAGCAUUGUUUAGCCCACUUCGCUGUGGAUUUGGCCCUUUUCUUUUGGUUGAUCAGUCGCUGGACUAUCUGUAGUAAUACGUCCAUGAAAGUGAAAUCACCAAGAUUUUGUAGUCAGACUUUGUACUCCCAUUACUGCUAAUGAUGUAGAAUGCUCUCGAAAGGGCCAAAGGCCAAAAGACCACGAAUCACGGACGAAGAUGAAUGGCCAGAAGCAAUUCCCGAUGAUGAGCAGCAGAGUCCAGUGAAGGAGCUGGUGUGCUUCAAAUGCUGCCUCGCAGCCGCCGCCAGCAGCAGCAAAUCACGCCGUCAGGGCCACAAUGACAUCAGUGGCGGAUAUCUGGCUGUCGGCAUGGUCAAGCGCCUGCUCUCCAGCAGCCGCGAGCCAGUCUUUCCCAACUUGGAUACUUCGCCCACGCGCAUCCUGGGCAUGCAGGUUGCGUCAACGUCCGGCCUGGCCCAGCAGCUCAUGCCUCUCUUCCGCCUUGCACGACGCAUGUCAGAUAUCCUUAUGACGCCACAUGUCUGCAAGGAGUGGAUGAAAGUCAAUGCUCCGGAAGGCGAGGUGUCAACUUUACGCCUUCAGGUUGUUGAGUUCUUGGCCUUUGUGUGCAGCACCCUGGAAAGAUUGGCCCGAAGUUCCAGUGAGAACUGUCCCCAGUCACCCAUGCAACUCAUCACCACUAUACACCAGCAGCUCCUGGUAAUGCAUGCAGACCUGCGUAAGCGCCUUGAGCCACUCUUUGCCGGUGCAGCGAGCUCCAUCUCUCUGCAGAACGUCCACGGCGAUGGCCUGCCGUUCAUCUUUCAUCUCUGGCUCGAUGUUGGAUGGGCAUUGAUGGCUAAUCUUGGCACCCUGUCCAAGCUUGAAGUUGACGGCUACCUGCCUGAUGCACCUGGUCAACUGCUAGCGCAUCACUGUCUUGCUCAGGUGGCAGAUCUACUGCAUCUGCAGUGUAGUGCCAUGGAGAAGACUUGGCCAGAUGUGAAUAUGUCAGAUCUUAUGCCUUGCACAUGUAUCCUUGAAGUAUGGCAGACACUGAGACUAGUUCUGGACUGGAGUUCAGAACUAGUUAACACCAUGUCAUUCUGGUCAUUGGUUAACUCCUCUCUCCGGGACCUUGCUUCAUCAUCUCCUGCAAGUGACGAUGCAAGUGACAAUGAAGCCAAAUCACCACUGUAUCACUGGCAACAACGCUGUGAUACUGGUCAACGUCGUUCUUUUUGCUGGCUCUUGUUGGCAAGCCUGAGUGAACUGUAUCAUUUCGAUGAGCUGGGUGUCUAUGUUCAGCAACCUGCAAGGACCUACUCAAACUGGAUAUUCGUGCAAGACCUUCUCCGCUUGUCAAUAGAUAAAAAUGCCACGCCUGCAACCGCUGAUGAUCGGAUCAACAUCAGGUUUCUGCUUACAUCACUUCUGUCACUCGCUGAUGCAUGGCCAGCAUCUCAAGAUAUUCUAUUGCUGCUUUGGGAUGUCAUGCACCGGUUCCUGACAACGGGUGUGUCUCGUGAUCCAAACCAAUCUCAACCAUCGGUUACUGGCUGGAUUCAGCAGUGUGAAGAAGCAUGCAACGCAUCUGUGAAGCUGACAGCAAGCCCUAGUGGUGAGCUGUGGUGGUUGUUCCUCAGGGUUCUGGCUGUAAAGCUAAGAAAGCCACAGGCUGGAGUCAGUAUGUGGAUGCUAGUGAAAGGAAGAUUCCUGAGUCGAUUCAACCGUCGUCGCAUGCAAGAGCUCAGCUGGAUUGGUUUGGAAAACUUCUGCAGUUUGUUCUUUGUCUUGGCUCUGUGUAGUGACACAAAUGAUAUUGUUUCAAAGAUGCUUCCAUUACUUGAGACAGUUCCGCUGUCUGAUGUCAGCUGUCAGCUUGUCUGUUGGCGUGGUUUGCUGGCAGUACACGUCCUGUGUCAACAGAAGCGUUUGCCAGUUGAUCGCGUGCAGAAAUCACUGUCAGGUCGUUUUUCAAUGAUACUGAAAUCAUGCCUGGCCAGUGGAUCUCCCGAGCAGUUUGCUGUGCUGAACCAUGCGCUGGACUGCCUGGAAGAGCUACACGACAACAACUACCUUCGUUCCAGCCUGCAUCACUUCCUGGGCCCCGACUGGGCAACUCUGCUGGUGGAGCCGAAGCGACGCGAGCGCGAAUGCUGCCGGUUGUUGGAAGCAUGCGUGUGGUUCGUGGAAGUCGUACGCUCAUCCAGUCUCUUGGCUAGUUCUGAGGAGGGAAGCGAAGGCAGCUCUGAGAAUGCAGGUGGCUUGUGCAGUGCACUGUGGCAAUUUGUUUACCCAUCGUUGUGUCAGCUAUCGUACCACCAGCACCUCAGCACGCACCUUGGUCACCAGGUUGCAGAUGUGUGCAUGGUGUUUGCUCAACUCUCCUACUUGUUUCCCGUUACUGAAGCCAAAGGCCAAACCUUUCAAGGCAUAGUGGAGCAGUUUGGCUUUUCUGAGCGUGUACCUGUCGGGAUCCGUCUACGCUUUCUCAGUCACCUGGUUUCCGAUAGUGACACACAUCAGCUGCUGUUGUCCGAGGGCAAGUCGACCAUAACUAUGCUUUUCCACUGCUGGGUAACAGCCAUUGUCAGCUGCAGUGGAUCAACAUCGGUGGAUCAGAAAACUCGUGAUCAGCUUGUGGAGUUUACCAGGGCUAUGGAGAAGCUGCCAGAUAUCCAACAAAUCUUGCAGCUACCUGACCCACUGGAUAUGCCCGAUCCUAUUGACACCAGUCACAUGCCAAUGUGGGAAGCUUCACUGCAGACGUUCAUCCGCUCUAUUGGCAUUGCCUACAGGUCACCCGAGAAUGCUGAGAAACGCUCCCAGUACAAAACACAAGCAAACCGAUAUUUUUCCGCUAUCCUCCCACUCGCUGAAGGGCACAUUCUGGCUGAGAAGGCAUCGCCAGCGCUCAAAUGCAUCUAUCGUAUUUUAGGAUGUGUUGUGCAGUGGUGCUCGACUCUACUGUAUUCUCGGACAUCCCAUCAAUGCUUGUUGCCUCCAUUGCUGGACAAACUUGUAGUGCCGCUGAGCACAACCAAGAAGCCCGUGCCAACUGCACUGGAUUCUUGCAUUCGCCGCCAUGCGUAUCAGUUCUUCUUUGGUAUUGCAUGCCUUGACUUUGCGAGGGAUGAUUAUGUGCGGCGCAAGCUACGGGAGGUUGUGCAGCGCAACAUCUUGGUGCCAAGCCCGUCGUUGAACAAUUAUGGUGGAAUCACAACCUCGCACCCAUACCUGCUGGCCCUGUUGAGUUUGCGGUCUGUCAUCGGUGAUGCUGAUGUCAAGGCAAUCCGUCAGCUCAUGCUGUGCGCGUUACGGGAUCACUUUCUCAUCGUGCCAACCAAGCAGCCCAACCUGUUUCAAGCGGCUGUGACACUAAUAAACUGCCUUCACCAAAUCUCUGGUUUGGACGCCAUCCUGAGUGAUUGCCCAACUCUGUUGUGUCGGCUGCUGUCAUGUCUGCUGGCCUGUGAGGUUGGCCGCGCUGGAAACGAUGCACGCACUGUCAAGCCACUUGUGGAAGGUCUGCUGAAGAACAUGCUAUCAAAGGUGGAAAUUGCUGGCAAGAGUGACAGGCAUUCAAUCGUGCAGCUGCUGUCUACGUAUGCAACGGAAAACAUUCGACAGCAGAAGCACUACGCCUUACGGCCGCUGGUUGCCUUGGCACCGACAUUUCCGAAGCUGAUGGCUGAAUUUUGCCCAUUUGCCGAGGGCAUCGUGCAGCAAUUUGAGACGGCCCAGGGCAAGGGAAAUGACCUACAACUCAGGAGUGUUCUCCAGCAACUACAAAAGGCUUGCCAAGGUCACAGGCAGUUUCCGUAACGUGGCCAUUGGCUAUCUCAACGCCAUCACUACCUUCUUACCAUGUUGAUGUCGGUGGCUUCUUUCUCUUUAUGUGUUUAGCUUCUUAUCAUAUAAUUCAUAUUCUUUUUAUUCUUUUGCUGCUGGACAGCAAAAUUCACAACUCCGAGAUCAUGAAAAGCUGUACACAUGCUGGCGUACGCAUGAAAGUGCCCUAUCCAUGAUUUCCGUGAAGUUGAGAGGACUGGAUAUCCAGAAAUACAUCUGCAUGCAAGUGUUCUGCGGUGUUCCGUGGGACAAGACUUUUUUAAGGAGUGCUUCGUGGCACGAUAGCUACUCUGCAUUUGAAGCUUUAAUUGUCAUCUGCAGCUGGCUUUUUCUGUACUUGCGUGCAGGUUGUCGUUUGUUUCUAUCGCUUUGGCUGCAACCUUGAAAUAUCAUUAGUGCCGUCAA